UCUCGUCUUUUUCUCAAGCAGUAGUUCGGGCACUUCUUCUCGAUCUCUGGCAUGUGAAGGUCACCAAUAGCCAAAAAUCAUUGAGGCAAUUUUGUUAGUGGAUCUUACAGGACUGAGUAAAUAUUUAACUGACCAGUUGUAGCAAGAUGCUAACAUUAUAGGUUAAUUUCUGUACUGUUGUUGCCAUCAAGAAUUAAAGACAGGGUUCUGGAAAUCAUAAUGUUAAACGUUGCUAACGUUAGCUGGGUAUCCUGAGCCAACGGUCAGAUACAAACAGAUUAGGAGCAAUAUCGCCGUUUCGAUUCCCCUCGAAGGACACGUUGAUCAAUAUUAAUCGCUUUUCUGACUUCACUGUCUGAUGUCUACCGGCCAGUCGUACCUACCUACAUUUGUUGGUCAUCACCGUUUUUUUUUCUUCUUCUUUUUAUUUUUUUGGCGGAAGUCACUGCUUUACUCCUCGCGGUAAUGUGCACGCUCCAAAUGUCAAAUCGCGGCAUUUUCAAAGUUAAGGUGACAGCUAGCUUAGGUACGCCAAUAUGAUGUUCUACACUCAACUCUUCACGUCCAAGCGGGGGCCUUUAGCCAAAAUCUGGUUAGCAGCGCACUGGGAAAGGAAACUCACAAAGGCCCAUGUAUUUGAAUGCAAUUUGGAAACAACCAUCAGAGACAUCAUUUCCCCUAAGAUGAAAAUAGGGUUGCGGACAUCUGGUCAUCUGCUCAUUGGUGUGGUCAGGAUCUACUCCAGAAAAGCAAAGUAUCUCCUUGCAGACUGCAAUGAUGCCCUGGUCAAAAUUAAGAUGGCUUUCAGGCCAGGUCAGACAGAUAUGCCUUUGGAGGGACUCGAGGCAACAUUAAAAGCAAUUACCUUGAUCGAAGAUUUUAGUGCCUUCGAUGCCCAGCUGCCACACCCAAGUAACAUAGAUGUCGUUGACCACUUUUCACUGAACCAGUGUCGAUCUGAGGAAAUCACUCUGAAAGAGGAUUUUGGAAGUGGCUUUCUGAACUUGGCAGAUUUUGGAGAUGAGUCCCAGAGCCACCAUAAUGGGCUACUGGAUAUGAGCUUCCAGAGCCUGGCUCAACAUGGAGACGCAUUUGGGGAUGAGGAUAAAGGGUUCGACCUACUUGACUUUCUGACAAUCUCCAGUGAUCACAUUGAGUCCACCGACUUCAUCCCAGAAGAGCCUCAUAAUGAAAAGCCAGAGAACUCUACACUCAAUUAUCAACAAGACUCCAUAUGUUUUCCAGAUGCUGACAGAACAGAGGUGGAGACCCCUACACUGAAUGAGACCACCCUGCUGGUUAAUGAGGAGGAGGCCUUUACCCUUGAACCUGUGGCCAUCACUCCAAACUCGGAGAAGAAGAGAGGGAAGAGGAAACGCAAGUUGGUUGUGGACCAGACUAAAGAGCUGAGCAAUGAAUCCAUCAGAGAUCAGCUUUCUGAUUAUUCAGAUCUGGUUGCCCCUUUGGACAUGGCCCCACCAACCCUGCAGCUCAUGCAGUGGAAGGAGAGCGGAGGUGCAGACAAACUCUUUGCACAGCCAUGUUCCACUGUAGUAACUCCACAGAUAAAGGAGCUCUUUGCCAAGAGUAUUUUCCAGGUGAAAUAUUAUGGAGUUUGUGACGGGGUUGAGGUGAUGCGGCGGGAUGGACAAGAAGUUCAGAGGGACAUGAGUGCCCUAACCACAGACAGCGUCAGUGUCGUGGAUUCAUCAAUAGAGCCUGAAAAAACACACAACACUGAGCUGAUGGUCCUUGAUCACAUGAAUGACAGUCAACAUGAGAAUUACUCCAAGCUCACACAAGAUGAAAACAGGUCGGCGUUCACUCAGCCAGAACUUCCAUCAGAAGACUCCAUGUUUGUCCAUCCAUCUUACGUGGAGCAGGAGACUCAGUCAGCUUCCUUCCACACUCAGUCCAUGCUGGACAGCCAGGACUUUGAGGAGAGGAAGAUAAGCAGGCGUGCACAGAAGCUUCUGAGCAAUCUAAAAAGCCAGAGCAACAGUGACACCACGUUCAGCCUGGAGGCACUCUGUGAAGGAGGCACUCGCUCGCAGGCUGCAACCACUUUCUUCUGUCUCCUGGUCCUGAAAAAACAAAAAGCCCUUCACCUGCACCAGAGCGCACCCUAUGAGGACAUCCUUGCCACACCUGGACCCAAGUUCUAUGAUUAGCAAAACAGAAAACAGUUUCAUAAAAUUACAGCUUGGGUUCAUAAAUGAGUUGCAGUCCUGGUUCUACUCAAUCUGUUUCACAGGGUAAAAAUACAUUUACUCAAAUAGGUUUCUGGGCUAAAUAGUAAAAACUUUGAUUAUAUGUGACACUCAGUAUGUUUGUGUGUUUGUGUCUCAAAACUUGUACAUACUCUUUUUGCUUGUUCUUGGCACUUUUUCAUUUCUGAGAAAUUGAGACGGUAUGAAUGAAGGAACAUUUUGUCUAAAACUCUUUGUCAGACUGUUUUAUUAGGCCUCUGACAUCAGAUAUGGGUUUCAUAACCUUAAAUAUUUUAAAUGAUCUGCAAGAUCCUUUGAACUUAUUUAUUUUUUAUUGUUAUUUCAUAUCAGCAACAUCUGAUGUUCUGCAGUUAUUCUUGUGGUCCUUCAGGACUAAAAUUUCCUGCAUGUUAGUGUUUUGCACCAUUUCCUCUUCUAUUUAUUCUAAACACAGGAUUUUAGGAGCCUCUCUCACUGAAUGUAAGACCUGUUAUUCACCAGGUGUCACUUGAAUUCAUGUUGUUGUAUAACGUUGUUCUCUGUCAAUGGGUAACAAAUAUUUGGCAUCUAUAUGAAACACAAAUAUGACUGAAUAUUUACUUUUUAUGUAUUUUUCUAGUUUUAGAAAGACUGAUUUUAUGUUACUGAAGUUUGGGAUAUGGCACUCUUUAUUCUUGUGGUCUAGAUAUUCUAUUUUUAUUCCUUCAGCUUAAAUCCAGAAAACUGAGUACUCACUUCUGUACACUACUGAGCUGUAUCCUUAGCAACAAAUGGGGUGACUGACGUUAAAUUAAACAGUGACAUGUAUGUGACAUCACAUUUGGGGACAGCAAAAUCAUUUUCUUUUAUCACAGGUUCACACUUAAUGGCAUGAUAUGACCACUAAUAUAGACCACAUGCUUAGAAGGCAUAGGAAUGACUUUACAAAACUGGAAUUCAGUGACAUUUCUGAAAUUGUAAAUGUCUGUUAUGGCUUGUGAAUUGUAUUAAAAUAAAUGCAGAAAUGGA